AUGUCUUUAUUGAUCCCAGGAAUUCUGGAAUUCAUCAUUUCCCUGGUGGGACUGGCAGGAAAUGCUGUGGUACUCUGGCUUCUGGCUUUCCACAUGCAAAGGAAUUCUUUCUCCAUCUACAUCCUCAACUUGGCUGGAGCUGAUUUUGUCUGUCUAUGCACCCACAUGGUAACCUCCAUAAUGGAUUUGGUCGGAUAUGACAAACUAUCCUCCUCCAACCUGUCACAAGUUUUUUUGGUAACAUUUGUCUUUCCCUAUGUUGCAAGCCUGAGCCUUCUCACUGCCAUUAGCACUGAGCGCUGCCUGUGUGUCCUAAAGCCCAUCUGGUAUCGUUGCCACCGCCCAAAACACAUGUCAUCUGUCGUGUGUGCCCUGCUCUGGGCCCUGCCCCUGCUCCUGACCGUCCUGAAUAUGGGGUUCAGUGGUGUUCUCUUUGGAGAACUUAAUAUGUAUUUGUAUAGGCUAAUAGAUUUCAUCAUUGCCACAUGGCUGAUUUUCUCCUUUGUGCUUAUGUUCGGGUCCAGUCUGGUGCUGCUGAUCAGAUUGCUUUGUGGCUCCCGGAAGAUGAAACUGACGAGGCUCUAUGUGACCAUCGGGUUAAAUGUGCUAGUAUUCCUCCUCUGUGGCCUGCCCUGGGGAAUCAAUUAUUUUCUCAUAGUCUGGAUGACAAAUUUUUCUUUCAGGGAAUUCUUUAAAGUGUACAUCGUGACGAAUGUAUUAACCUCUGUCAACAGCUGUGCCAAUCCCAUCAUUUACUUCUUUGUUGGUUCUUAUAGGCAGCAGCAAAGACAGCAAAGAAAGACUCUAAAACUAAUUCUGCAGAGAGCUCUGCAGGACAUUCCUGAGGAGGAUGGAAAUCAAGGCAGCCCUCCUCAGGAGACCCUGGAGAUGUCAGGAAAUAUUCAUGUGGCCUAA